AUGUCCUUCUCUGAAGGUUUACGCAGAGGCUACCGUCAGCUAAGGGGUUUCUGGCGGUACUGGUUCUCCAUCUACAAGUUCUCACAUUGCGACUUCUUCGAGUUUGAAAAAUUUUGCUCAUCGACCUUUUCGGAUCUAGGCCCAGGAUUGCCCCCUGAAGAGUACCCUUAUACCGAAGACUACUUCUACAAACCUCGCCCAGCGAGAUCCAAAACUCCAAUCAGCCCGAAAGAGUUUGAACAUAUUUACUACCACUAUCGGAAGACUUCAGCAGUCAGAAUCAAUACGGGAUACCAGCCGUUCACAGUGAUGGCACAAGCCCCCUUCUACUGGCCUCGUUUCUUCAGGCAGCCACCCCCGCUCUUACAGCAUCAAAUCGACGGGAACUUACCAACCGACACAGUCCCCAAGAUCCCUCAACGUCUGACCCAUUUCGACGAGCUCAGCAACAGCAGAGAGACCUUCUGGGGGCUUCAUGCCCGAGAACAAAUUUCAGCUGUUAUGGUUUCGAUAUACACGCUGUUGGCACUUAUGCCCUGGUUUGCCUUUUGCUUCGUCUACAUCUUCGGGCUUGGGGGUAACGAAGUGGAUAUUCAGAAUGCAACCACACCAUUGACGAUAUCGCUGACCACUUUUGCUGUUCACGAAAAUCUGCGCUUCGGAACGCCAAUGGCUGUCCGUGAUGCGGCCACCACACAGCAAUCGCCACAGCCAGAUCAUAUUGCGAGUUUGAGAACAAGAGACGCGCCCCUUGCCGCACCCCCAACCCCUCAACGGAAAACAACUGAAGAAACCGAAGAUUUCUUCCAGAAUUGGGUCGUUAGGGACUCAGACCAUAAACCAAACAUCACCGAGUUGAGGACAUCAGACGUCGAGUCUGAAACAGAUAGCGAACCUUGCUCGCGACUAUGGGUCAAAUCACUGAAAGACUCUGGCAACUCUGUCCCUCUCCUCACCAGAUACGAACCGGCAAGUGAGCAAUCACUCAUUGCCAGGUCUGCCGUCAACAGAUUAGGACUACGAAUCUUGCCGAACAAGCCUACAGGACGAACAAUCAAGACAACCUUUGGUUUUCUCGAGUGCCGAGCGUUCGUCAGCAUCGCCGUUGAGUCGCCAUUGCCAGGCAAUUCUCGACUUGAAACAUUCAACAUUGCCGUCGCCGAGGACUGGCUUGUCGCAGCCCAAGGCGUUGAGCUAGUGGCCGGACGCAGGAUUAUCGCAAGACUUCAAGAACUCGGAAUCAGCCUCCCAGCCGCCAUCUCUGACAGACGUCCAGAAGUGAGCUCGGAACACCCCUUACCAGCAAUCUCAGAAACGUCCGCGUCGUCUAUAACAGAGAGAGAUGGCCAAAAAUCGCUGUACUAUUCUUGCAAAGAUGUCCAGCACCAGCGCGCAGCAGGUCUUUCCGACAACCCAUUCGACAGAGAUGACUUAAGCCUGGGCUCUUCCGAAGCAAACACCCGUUUGACUGAAGGAUCCGACAGCGACGCCUCUGACUGGAACGACUUUUCCAGCGUCAGUUGGUCCAGCGAAUCAGUCAGUACAACAUCAGCCGAAUCAGAGACCCUUAGCGAGUUCGGCCGUACCUUCAAACUGGGGGAUGAGCAAUUCGGAGAACGGGGCUCAGGUUCAUACAAUGGCAACGGUGCUGUGUAUGAAUCUCCAUCGAGAGGACGCCAGAAAGGCAAACGCUCCGGUUGGGCCAACACCAACACAACUCGAGCCGUCAGCUCAGAGGAACCGAACGAUGAUGAUCACUCGGAUCCCGCACCGGCCGAGAAUACAAAGUUACGGGGCAAUCUGCCAUCAGAAAUUGUCCCUAGAACCCUUCAGUGCUUCCAGGUAACCGAGGGAAGCCAUCGACAACGCAUCUGGGGCCUCCACGCCCGUGAGAAGGUUUCAGCAAUGAUGGUGCUGAUAUACGCCCUGCUGGCUUUCAUGCCUUCGCUGGCGUUCUGCUUCGUAUACUGGUUCGGGCUUGGGGACAAGCAGCCGGACAUACAAGACGCAUCGACACCGUUGACGAUAUCCUUGACGACGUUCGGCUUGUUUAUGGCUUAUCUAGUGAAGCUCUAA